AUGUCCAAUCCAAAAGCCUACACAAUUGGCUGGAUCUGCGCCAUAACUACGGAGUAUGUUGCCGCGCAAGCCUUUCUUGACGAAAAGCAUGAAGGACCGGAAUGUGUCUCUUCUAGUGAUAAUAAUGAUUACACAUUGGGCAGGAUUGGAAAACACAAUAUUGCCAUCGCUGUCUUGCCUGAUGGUGAGUAUGGUAUUACCUCUGCAACAGGUGUAGCGAGAGAUAUGAUACAGAGCUUUCCUAAUGUUAGAAUCGGUCUGAUGGUUGGGAUUGGCGGGGGCGCUCCAAGUCAAAAGCAUGAUAUCCGCCUAGGGGACAUUGUGGUUAGCACUCCUCGGAAUGGGAAAGGUGGCGUUUUCCAGUACGACUUUGGCAAGGCGCUGCAAGAUCAAAGCUUCCAAACAACUGGGUUCUUGAAUCAACCACCUACAAUCUUACGAGCAGCGGUUAAUGGGCUUAAGGCCCAGUAUGAGAGUGAUGGUCAUCACCUUGAAGAAGCCAUCAAUGGUGUUCUUGAGAAGAGACCCAGACUAAAGAAGAACUAUAGUCGACCGGAGCUAAGCACUGAUAGGCUAUAUAAAGCCAAAGUUCUUCAUCCUCUUAACGACAACUCAAGCUGCGCGACGGUUUGUGGCGAUAACCCAUCAAAAUUGGAAUUGCGACCUAAGCGGACCGAAGACGGGGAUAAUCCAGCAGUUCACUAUGGCCUUAUCGCUUCGGCCAACCAGUUAAUGAAGGACGCUUUAGUUCGAGAUAGACUUGCAGCGGAGACAGACGUUUUGUGUUUCGAAAUGGAAGCGGCAGGACUUCUAAAUCACUUUCCCUGUCUAGUGAUUCGAGGCAUUUGCGACUAUUCAGACUCCCAUAAAAAUAAGGAAUGGCAAGGAUAUGCAGCGAUGGCUGCGGCUGCAUACGCAAAGGACCUUCUCUAUCGGAUUCCUUCAGCUAAUCUUAGGGCUGAGGAAAGAACUGAAGACUUUCUUUUCAGAGAUUGUUCUGAUAAGAAUCCAAACCCCCUUUAUGGCAACUUUCAGGAAACCACGGGCUCUGAAAAUAAUACUAUUCAGGCUGGCUUCCGCAAUCAAGCCAGGACAGCCGGGGAAGGGAAUCAAACAAUACAAGGCGGUAACGAGAACCAGAGUAUCACGAAAGGGAAUGGCAACCGUGCCACGCAGAUUGCAACGGAGGGGAAAGAGGCGUUGAAAUUAGCCAGGGAUGUAUUAGCCAAAAAGCCUCGAAGCAGCUGGAGAAAAUGGCUGGCUAAUUAA